AUGGAUUCCGUUGAGCUCGAAGAACCCUAUGACGAGGAAGGCAAUUUUAGCUAUGGCCAUAGCCAGGACGACCUCGACAACGAUUACACAGGCAGUGGGGAUGAACAAAGUGGUGAGGACCGAUAUGCCAACAGUGAAAGCAAUGAGAGCGACGAAGCUCCCGAUGACGCUUCAGCAAAUGAUACGGAAGGUGAGCUUAGUGACAGUGUGAUUAGCGAAGAUCUUUCGAUGUCAGCAAGCGAUGACGACGAGGAAGACGAAGACGAGGAAGAUGGAGAACUAGAGACAGGUAGCAUGGAAAGCGAUGUUAGUGGCUCAGACCAAGAGGACGAUGAGGAGGUGAAUGACACGGAAAGCGAUGUCAGUGGCUCAGACCAAGGGGAUGAUGAGGAGGUAAAUGACACGGAAAGCGACGAUAUCAGCUCGGAUAGCGAGGCAGUAUCGAUCGAAGAAGAGAUCAUCGACCCAGUGAGCGAAGAGAGCGGCUCGGAUAGUGAAGCAGAUGAUUUGAUUGGAGAGGGUGCUGGGGAAAACACCACAGUAGAGUCUAUGGGAUCUAGCGUAACUGCAAGUCACGUACCCAGCAAGAAAAAGCGGAAGCCUACGGUCCUUGAGAUGGAGGGAUCUGCAAUCCAAGUCCCCGCCAACACCAAACAGCAGUUCAACAGCAAGGCCAGCGGUACGAAGUCAUCCAAGAACGACGCAAUUCGCUCUCAUCCUCGACCACCCCCCGUAUCUUUCAGCGACACAGAAGAGACAUGGAUCCCUACCAGCUUCUCCAACCCCCCUAAGGUUUUUCUCAAUGGCAUCUUCGCUGGAGUGAUGAUGCAGAGGCGAAAAUCUACAACAAGCGUAUUUGAUCAUGCAUCGCAUGCAAUCAUCGGCUUCAGUAUGUCAAAAGAGCAAGGUAAGCGGUAUGAGGAGGCUGGGAUGAAGAAGUACAAGGCGGCCAAGGAUGGUUUUACACUGUGGUGGAAGCCUUACACGCCAUCGGCGGACUACUUUGAUAGGGCAGACGAAGUUGAGUGA